AUGGCUCCCACAAAGAAGGGUGGUGAGAAGAAGGGUCAUCCUGCCAUCAAUGAGGUGGUGACCCGAGAAUACACCAUCAACAUUCACAAGUGCAUCCUUGGAGUGGGCUUCAAGAGGCAUGCUAGAGUACUUUUAAGUACUAGAUGCAAUGCCAGGAAAUUUGCCUUGAAGGAGAUGGGGAAUCCAGAUGUGUGCAUUGACACCAGGCUCAACAAAGCUGUCUGGACCAAAGGAAUAAGGAAUAUCUCAUAUUACAUCCAUGUACAGCUGUCCAGAAAAUGUAAUGAAGAUGAAGAUUCACCAAACAAGCUGUACACUUUGGUAACCUAUGUCCCUGUUACCAUGUUCAAAAAUUCCCAGACAGUGAAUGUGGAUGGAAACUAA